CCAAAUGCAACGUGCCCAGAACACUUUUGCCGAUUGGGGAUAUAUCCAGUAGGUGAUCGUCAUAAUCAUGAAGGUUGAACAGCCGGAGGAGGAUGGAUCUUUAAUUUUAAAAUGUCCCUAACAAAAACUCAAUUCAUUCCAGGGGAUAUAAAAUGAAAGCUUAAAUAUGCAGUUAUAAAGAGCUUCAUGUCCCUUCUUGCUCAAACCAAUCUGUACUCUCAUCAAUCCUUCUCCUCUUCUCUCAGAAACCAAGAAUCCUUGCAAUAUUCUUCAUCAUGGUCGCCUUUGCCAGAUCUCUCCUUUCCCUCUCCCUCUUGGCAACUACCGCCAUUGCCAUUCCCACCCCAUCAGAACUUGAAUCACGAGCCGAAAUCGAUUCCGAUACCGUUGUGGGAUUUCCUGAAACUGUUCCUAGUGGUGCCGUAGGCACACUCUAUGAAGCCUACAAACCAUAUCUCGAUGUCGUAAAUGGAUGCGUACCAUUCCCCGCCGUUGAUGCCAAGGGAAACACAAAGUAUGAAAUCUCUUAACCUCUUUGAAACGAUAAUUGAGUUUCUAACAUCUCUCAGUGCUGGUUUAAAACCAACCGGCAGUAGCAACGGUGGUUGCAGUAGCAGUACCGGACAAGUAUAUGUUCGAGGCGCUCAAAACGGUUCAUACUACGGUCUAAUGUAUUCCUGGUAAGCCCAUCCUGAAAGCAUCAUAAGACCUCCAAGCUAACCCCAAGCAGGUAUAUGCCCAAAGACGAGCCCUCAACAGGCAUCGGCCACCGCCACGACUGGGAAGGAGUAAUCCUCUGGCUCAGCAGCUCCACCUCCACAGCCGCCAGCAACAUCGUCGCCGUCUGUCCAUCCGCACACGGAGGCUGGGAUUGUACCAGAAACCAAUAUACACUCUCUGGCACAGCGCCCCUCAUUAAAUAUGAAGGCAUUUGGCCCCUCGAUCACUCCUGUGGUCUUACCAGUACUAAGGGUGGACGACAACCUAUGGUUGCGUGGGAAUCUCUUCCAGCAGCUGCGCAAAGUGCGCUUGAGAAUACGGAUUUUGGAAAGGCGAAUGUUCCUUUCAAGAAUGCUAAUUUUGAGAAUAACUUUGUGAAGGCUAGUAGUUUCUAGACUUUUGGGGUUGAGG